GUAUAGUAGAAUGACGUUUCUCAUGUUUUUGUGUCGUGUUUGAUUCGUAGAAGGAGUUUUAAGUGUUUUAAACGUGAAAUUCUAAUACGUAAACUGCUUAAACAUCUUGUUUUCGUGUAAUAUAAAGUUUAAAUUGUGUUUUGACGAGAUUCUUAGCGAUUUUAUUGUUUUUAAUACAAGUGAUUGUCACAACGACCUGCAGACAACGGGUGAAUGAAACCAAUGUGAUAGUACUUAGUGAUUUAAUCAUAAAUACGGAAAAAAAUGUACAAUCAGUGACAUUUGGUAACAGUAACCAUUAAUAAUGUGCGUACAUACUUUUUUCAUAUUGGUUUUAUGUGUGAAAUAGUGUUAGAGAAAUGGGUGACCUCUUAAAACACCCUUAUCGAGUGAAAAGUACAUUUGUUAGUGUUUUGUUACAAAAAUGGAUGUGAUUACUGGAUUAUCGCCACUGAGUCCAGGCUUCAUCGAGGAGUUGGACAUCGAGGCGUACAUGAGCUCCGUCGGCGAAGGCUGCUAUGCUCCUCAAACUAUUGACCCUCGCCGGACUGGGGGCCACCAGCUACCCGAAAGUCCACCCGACUCCGGGUCCGAAAACCCUUACAGUCCAUCAGAGACCAACGUCUCCCACGCCAUCUCAGUACCCCAAACGGUCCUAAGUUCUGACUACAUGCUGGUUCAUGACCAUAUACCUACCCACGAGAUUCUCCAACAAAAUGGCGACUAUAUCUACGAUGAGCUGAAGUCAGACCAUGAAGUCUUGAGGAGUAAUCUCAAUGAUGUGGUGGUUUUGCCUCAGGACUCUAAUAUUGUGGAGCUCGGCAUCAGGACUGUUAGACAUGAUUUGGGGUUAGGUGAUGUUUAUCAGAAUAGGUACAGUCAGAUGAGGGUCGACAUGCCAGACCUAGACCAGGGUAUGAUAAACCCUCAGCUGGUGGCGUUAGGCCACGAGACCCUGACUCCAGUGUACACCAGCCUGCAAGAACCUUCCACUAAGAAGAGGAAGCAUUCGCAGGAUACGAACUCUCAAGUGAAAUGUGAACCUGCGGCAUUAUCACCAGAGAGUGUAACCCACGUCCCCCGACCGGCUCCGCCGUCAGUAGACGGCUCAGAGGCCGGUGACGAUGCGCCGCUACAGUGCAUCAGGUUCGGACCCUUCCAGCAGAAUGUCUGGCAUUCGCUGUAUGACUGCAAUUUGAAGCCGCUCCAACCCCCAUCCUACGUAGUAGGAGCCGACAAAGGAUUCAACUACUCCCAAAUAGACGAGGCUUUCGUCUGCCAGAAGAAGAACCACUUCCAAGUGACCUGCCAGAUUCAGAUGCAAGGAGACCCUCACUAUGUGAAGACGGGAGAGGGUUUCAAGAAAAUCAGCAACUUCUGUCUGCAUUUUUAUGGGGUUAAGGCCGAAGACCCAAGUCAAGAAGUGAGAAUUGAACAAAGCCAGUCGGACAGAACAAAGAAGCCUUUCCAUCCAGUACCCGUCGAAAUCCGUCGCGAAGGCGCCAAAGUGACGGUCGGCCGUCUACACUUCGCCGAAACCACAAACAACAACAUGAGAAAGAAGGGCCGACCCAACCCAGACCAGCGACACUUUCAGCUAGUCGUCGCUCUGAGGGCUCACGUAGGACAUACAGACUUUAUCAUAGCGGCUUCAGCUAGUGACCGGAUUAUUGUCAGAGCAUCGAACCCAGGUCAGUUCGAGUCUGAUUGCACUGAGAGCUGGUGGCAGCGAGGAGUGUCAGACAAUAGCGUCCACUUUACCGGCAGGGUCGGCAUCAAUACUGACAGGCCUGAUGAGUCCUGUGUUGUUAAUGGUAACCUAAAAGUAAUGGGCCAUAUCCUACACCCAUCGGACGCCCGCGCUAAACACAAUAUCGAGGAAUUGGAUACAGCUCAGCAAUUGAAAAAUGUACAGAGCAUCAGGGUUGUCAAGUUUAACUACGACGCCUCGUUCGCGGAGCACUCAGGCUUACUCGGCUACGAUCCGUCCCGCCCCGCGCCGCAGCUCGACACCGGCGUCAUCGCGCAGGAGCUGCGGAGAGUCAUCCCGGAGGCCGUGAAGGAGGCGGGCGACGUCACCCUGCCUAAUGGCGAUACUAUUCCUAAGUUCCUGGUGGUUAAUAAGGACCGCAUCUUCAUGGAGAACCUCGGCGCUGUGAAGGAGUUGUGCAAGGUGACCGGCAACUUGGAGUCCAGGAUCGACCAGCUCGAGAGGAUCAACAAGAAACUCUGCAAGAUCAGCAUACUGCAGCGACGAGAUAGUUCUAGAUCCAGUGUUAGCAAUGAUUCCCGCUACUCAGCCAUGUCGAACUCCUCAAAAUCAUUCUACAGUGAUGGCAACAUUUCCAUCGACCAAAUACGGGACAUAGCUCGCAACAUCCGAAAACACGAGUGUUGCCAUAAACUCAGCCACAACUCCCCGAAAUACACGCGAAAACAGUGCAAAAAUUGCCACGGGAACUACUCGAAAUACGGGAAAUAUUACAACUAUAACAAAACCUGUGUCAGAUACCACUCUAACAAACUCGAAAAGCCGGAAAAUGUCGAAAAUCCGACUUACACGGAGUCAAAUAUACAAAAAUAUCCAGAAGAAAGCUAUGAGAGCACGUUGACUAAGAAAAAGGAUACUUGUCUAUGGUUGAAGAGUGACGAUAAUUUUUCGUAUGGCAACACUAAGUUGGGAUUUUGUUGUCGGAAGGAUUAUGGGGAUACCAGCAGUGAAUUGAUUUCGAAUAAGUUUUUGCAAAUUGUUAUUACAAUACUGAUAUUUAUUAUGGCUGUUUGCCUAGUAGUAAUGUCAGCACUAUACUUCAGAGAGCACCAAGAACUAAUAUCUAUGAAAGAAAGUCGUCUCCACCACAAUCUAGACUACCCACAUUACGGGAAGUUAAACAAUGAACUGUACACGCAUAGAACACCACCGGACAAGAACCAGAUACAGAAUACAAAGUCAUCACAACACACUGCAUCUAAGAAAACACCAAAAGAGAAAGGACCGCACAAAACUACACAAGAAUAUAUAACUACUGCGCCAACGGAAUCUCCACAUACAGUGUCCACUUCUUCACAUCCUACCAAGAAUUAUGCCAGUAACUUUAAAAACUCAGUACCCACGCUCCAAGCGCCUCUUCAAGCCGAGAUGCCGAUAUCCCGCGUCAGGAAAGUGGACGUGGUCGGCGGCGGCUGUUCUUUCGCAGCUAAUACUAACAACGAACUGGAUCCUGAAUGCCAGUUUUUACUUUCCCAGUCACCAUGCGGCCUAGACCCACAGACUUACGACAAUCAAGAACCAAUAGAGAGACUAAAACCCGACAAAGAACAAAAUGACACCUCUAAACCUUUAGAAGUCUCUACCAGAGAUGAGCAAGAAGCCAUGCCUGCUACUUUAGAUAAAAAUAAUACUCUAAAAUCGGAACCGGAACCACUUAGAAAUGAAAAUGACUCUUUCAAAUCUCAUGAUGAAGAUAAUUAUUUGGAUGUAAAUAAGCAAAAUUCUACGGACAAUGGGAGUAGGAUGAAGAGAGAAGUAAGAGAUAAAAGGGAGACUAGAGAUAAGUUGAGUUCUGAAGAAAUGUCUUUGGAUCAGUCGCAUGAGAUUGGACGAAGUGAAUGCGACACAGUCCGCGUGGGUAUAUCGAGCAAGUCUAUAAUAAACUCGUCACUAUUCAGCGAGAGUGUGUGCGCCAAUAACGUGUAUAGCUUCAACUACACUAUCCCGCUGUCGCAUUGUCUCAGUCAUAAGCAUGUUGAUCUUACGUUCAGGUCUCAAAAAAUAAAAGAAUUCCGUCUCUGCGAAUUACAAUGCAACUAUGACUCUUCAAAGUCCUGCCAAACCACCACGGAACCGCCCAAGCCGGCCCUAGCUGAUGACUCCUGGAGCAUCAAGAUGGCGCUGGAGUGCAAUGUGGACCGACUCAUGAGAGUCAGGGCUAGCUUCCAGCCUUUGGACCUAUGCUACCACACGCAAGAACACAAGCAGCCUUUUAUCGAGUACAAAAUACGUAUUUACAGAGAUUGUCACAAUUAAUGUCACUUAUGUCAACUGUCAACAAAAGACACUCACUAGUGGGAUUGUUAUUCAAUAGACUGCAUUUGAAGUGGGCUCUUAACUAAAGGUAAACAAUUUUAACAGGUCCUUUUACAGAAAUACGUAUUAAAAAAUUAAACUACUGCUUAAAGUAAUGGUUCAAUUGAUUAAGUUACUUUGAUUUUUAGGCGCAUUUUUAUUUUUAAGUUGAGAUUUCAUCAUCUUGCCUACUCAAAUGGAGUACAAUGAAUCAACUUUGAUCAACAAAAUUUUACCAUCAAUAUGCUGUCAUAGCUUUAUGUUAUGAGACAUUAAUUUUAGAUAUCUGACUUUUUGGAUCGUCUGUUAUAACAGUUGAAUCAUAAAUAUUUCUUGGUUGAAAGUUUCAACUAGAUAAACGUCAAAACUCCAAACAUGGCGAAGUUUUCAAAAUGGCAACCGCUAACUGUAAUGGCUAUUGUAAUAUUUGAGUCGCAAAAUUGUAUCGAAAAGAUAUAAUAUUACCUAUAAACAAUACACCAGAGAGAUUUUAUUGAUAAAUGACUAGCAUUUGCUUUCACUUUCAUUUUGUGAAACUACUUCCAGCACCCGGAUAAAGCCUAUCCAAAUGCUUUCGUUGGUAAAUGGGCUAUCCAACACUGGUAUGUUUUUUUAAAUCGGCUCAGUGAUUCAUAAGAUUAGUGCAUACAAAUAAACAAACUCUUCAGUUUUGUUAUAUUCGAUGUUUUAUUUGUUUUAAUUAUUAAUACUAUGAAAUCCCAGUGUGAAUUUUCAAAAAACCAGUGUUUUUACCAAAAGAUAUUAACAUUAAAAUUUAUCAAUGAAAUCGUAUCAAAACACAAUUAUUAUAUGUAUUAUUAAAUUAAGUAAUCUAGUACUAAUAUUCUAUGAAUAGUAAAAUAAAAAUUAUAUUAUUAAUAAUAUGACACAUUCCAUAAGUGCAAUUAUGUAAUUAUUAUCCGUCCUAUUAUAAUAAUAUGGCCUAUUAUAAAAAAAACGGCUAUUUUCUAUACUCAUCUAAAUGGCUAUUGGUAAAUAGAAAGAGAUCGAAAGACAUAGAGAUACCGAAUGUUUUGUGCAGUUGACAACUGUCAAUUUUGAAGGAAAAAUUGCAUUUUUUAUACUGACUGAUAGAAUUGUCAACUGCACUAAAAAACGGUCAGAUCAUAAAUACCUUUUUUGUAUUGGCAACUACUGUAAUAGUAUUUAUUAUUAUUUUAUAUUUGAUCAUUAUUAACAUUCCAUUUCAUCAUCAUCAUUGUUUAUUGUCAAUUUUAUUAUCUCAAAUUGCUGUUUUUUUUUUUAAUUAUCUACAUAAUAUGUUACAAAAUAUGUCAACUGGUGCUUAAAACGCUCAAAAAGACAAAAAAUAUUGACAAUAUUUAAUUUAAUUUACCAUGACAAAAAACAUUAUAAAUUGAAUUAUUUAUUUAUUUUAAUGGUGAUAAUAACAGCUCAAAGUAAAUACUUUAACAGAGGAGCUAUGUAUAGAAAAAUACAUAAAAUGAUGUUUCGUCAUCAGCCAUUUCCCAACUAUGUUGGGGUCGGCUUCCAGGCUAACCAGAUGCAGCUGAGUACCAGUGUGCCACAAGGCGCGACUGCCCUAUCUGACCUCCUCAACCCAGUUACCCGGGCAACCCAAUACCCCUAGGUAAGACUGGUUGUCAGACUUACUGGCUUCUCACUAUGAUUUUGAUUAUUUUGAGAAAAUAUGUUUUCUUUCCGAAAAUGGAAUUUUAUAACUGACAAAAGUGCCUAUCUUAAAUGUAAUGAAAUUAUUAAUAAGUUACAAUUUUUAUUUAAACAUUUAAUGGAAUUGUUUUUUUUUUUACAAAUAAACAAUAUUUUUAUACAAUUUAAACUAGAAAUGGUGGUAGCUACUAUUAUUAUUUUUAGUACAUAAUAGGAACUUUUUUUUUGUAAUAAUGAAUUUUAUUUUUAGUAUUUUUGCAGCUUUAUUUUUAGUUUUAAUUUUAAUUAUUAUUAUUUUUGUCUAGUUCUUUAAGUUGUAUUGUUUGAAAUUAUGUCAGAGAAAUACUCAGAUGAAUUAUUUAAUUUUUAUUCGAACCAUGGAUGAGCCAUAUUUCAUAUUGUAAUCAGAAUGAUUGGUAAAUAUUAUUAAAAUAUACAAUAUAUUUAGAAAAUUAAGUUAUUCUGUGAAUAUAAGACAUACUGAAUGAAUCUCUCUAUAAAAAAUCAAACGUUUUAAAAACUUUACUUUUUCACAAGAAAAUAAAUCCUACUUCAAUAAUAUACUUAAAUCCUUCUACCCACAAACAUAUCUUUUUGAAGUCUGUUAGAAAAGGAAGUUUUCAGUUUGACCUGUAUGUAUAUUGUAAGUAUGUCGGUUUUAUUUUUUUGUAAAAAGAUUUUAACGUAUCCUCCUAAAAUAAUUUUGGCCAUAUUUUCUUCUAGCGUUAGUCUAAACUGUUAUUAUUCCGAUUAUACGUAGAAAUAGUAUCUUUGCAUUCCAAGCCAGUACUUAAUUAGUUAAUAAGAAUAAUUUGUAAAACAUUUUUAAAAAUCACAAGAAUGUCUGUAGGUAUAUAUUUUUUUCGCUUCAUUAUCAUAGAUUAAAAGGAAAAACAUCACAUUUUAAUGUAUUUAAAAUAUUUAAGUAAAUUAAUAUAUCAAACGAUAUCAAACGAGUUUAUGUCAGAAAUCAAUUUUUUUAUUGUAAUUUUCGUUAAAACUUCUCUUCGAAGUAAAUGUCAUUAAAAACAUCACGAGAGGUAUCUAACAUCACAAAUAAAGGUAAAUAAUUAAAAAUUAAAUCACUAUAAUUUGAUUUUUUGAAAACAAAAAAAAAUGCUCGAGUUGCCAGUUUCAUACUUACAUAUGCGUCCUACAUCUGAAACUAAAAAAACUGGAAUCUCAUGACUCUGAUAUUAUCAAGUUAUUUGAAUUAACAAAUGAAACAGUGGAUACCUACUUAGUACAGUCGGUUAGAUAUAGCUUUAUGAAUUAAGCUAAAAAAUAAUCUAGGCUAGUAUUUUUUCUUGCCAUAUUACUAAAUAAA